AGGAAUGCUUCAUAUGCAUGAUGUUUAGAGCGGCAGCGUGCAAUGAAUCGACGAAGGAUGUCCUCGUUUGGAAGAAGCGGGUGUACAUGCUUUGGCAAUUUAUCCACUUCGUCUGCCAGCCAUCCGGGACCACUCCUCCAAAGAAUGUCGACGAUGAAAUCUGCCGGCAACAUACCACGCGAAACGUGAUCCGCCGGAUUAUCCGUACCCUUCACGUGAUUCCAGGGGUGUCCGAGUGUCAGCAGCUGGAUUUCCGAUGUGCGAUUGCCCACAAACGUUUGCCAAGUGUUUGGGGGUGCUGCGAUCCAGUGCAAUGUGACCGUCGAGUCCGACCAGAACCAGCAAGGAUUUCCCUCCAUCCCCAGCGCUGCGGAUACUCUAGUAUAGAGUUUGGCACCCAAUAAUGCAGCACACAGCUCAAGGCGCGGUAAACUAAGACGUUUGAUUGGUGCGACUCUUGAUUUUGCCGCAAUGAGCUGGAUUUGAGCUUUACCUUCCUCGCUGGCUGAGCGAGCGUAAAUACAUGCUCUGUAGCCUACUUCAGAUGCGUCGCAGAAAACAUGGAACUGAACCGUUGUAGCUUCCGAUGAAAAUAUAUAACGGGGAACUUUGUAUUGCUUUAGUAGGGGCAGCUGUGAAUGGAAAUCAUUCCAUUUAGAUUCGAUCUCGCGUGGAAUCGGAUCAUCCCAGUCGACGUUAACUAACCA